CUCGCUCACCAUCUCCUAUUCUCUCUUCCCAUUAUCCAUGGCUUCCCUCUCCAACUCUUUCUUUCUCCUCCACCUUCUCCUCCUCCUCCUACACCUCUCCUCUUCCUUCUCCACUACUUUCAUUGAAACAACAUGCAAAUCCACCUCUUACCCCGACUUCUGCGUCACCGCCAUCUCAUCCACCAGUCCUCAGACCUCCACCACCGCCGACACCCGCGGCCUAUCAUCCAUCUUCCUCUCCUUAGCCCUCUCCAACGCCACCAACUCGUCCUCCUACGCCACCUCGCUCGCCGCCUCCUCUAUAACAGAGGAACCCAUUCGCCCUCUCCUUCGUGCUUGCUCACUCAAAUACGCUGCAGCCGGCGAUGCCCUGAGCUGGGCUUUGCGAGAGCUCUCGGCAGAGUCUUAUGACAACGCGUUUGUUCACGCUAGUGCGGCCGCAGAAUACCCUAUUGCCUGCCGAAUGCUCUUCGCGCAACAGAGGCGGAAGCCGGCGGCUUUGUACCCGCCGGAACUUGGCCGGAUGGAAGAGGAACUUAGGCGGCUGUGCACUGUGGCUGUGGAGAUCAUUUCGCUUCUUGAUUGAGUUUUUUCUUACUUGUGAGUGAGUUGGUUUAGAUUGGAAGUGUUCGUUAUCCUUCGUAAUGAGUUUCAGAAUUAUCUAUUAUAUAUCAUUGGAGCAGUCUUUACUAUUUUCCGUUA